UGAAAAGUGGGGAGUGUGACAUCUUUGUAACGUUACGAACGUAAUCGCACGUACAAACUGUAGGGCAUAAGUGGACGUGGUCGGCGAUUUAACUGAAGUAAUUAUCACUUCAAGCAGUUGCAUUCGUUUAAGGAUUUUAAACAUUCUCUGCCAGAGCAACGUUGGAUUGUAACAGCAAUGUGAAUUUAAGAUUUUAAAACAAAAACCAAAGAUGGCAAGUUGGCAGAGUACACCUGGUGCAGGAUAUUAUCCAGGCCAACAAGGUUUUCCUACACAAAAACCUGGAUAUCCACCUCAAGACCCAUAUAAUCCAGAAUAUCCACCUCCUUACGGAGCACAGCCACCAGGUCCUGGUUUUGUUCCUCCAGGUGUACCUCCUUACGGACAAGUUCCUCCCACUGGCCCAUCAUUUGGCACAAUCCCACAACCAGGCAUGUUUGGAUCAACUUAUUCAGAAGACCAUGCACAACCUGAAGUCAAGAGAUUUGACUUCAGUGAGAAAUCUAUUAGAAAUGGAUUCAUCAGGAAAGUGUACAGUAUAUUAAUGUGCCAACUUUUGAUCACAGUGUCAAUGAUAGCACUGUUUCUUUAUCACCAACCCACUCGUAAGUGGGUGAUGGUGCAUCCAGAAAUGCUUUGGAUUUGUAUUGCACUAAUAAUUGUUUUGACCAUAUGUAUGGUUUGUUGUACCACUGUGAGGCGAAAGACUCCCAUGAAUUUUGUGUUUUUGUUCAUAUUCACAAUUGCAGAAAGUUUCCUAUUAGGUACUAUUUCUUCUUUGUACAAGUCUGAAGAGGUAUUAUUGGCCGUAGGAAUCACAGCAGCUGUAUGCCUUGCAUUAACAUUGUUUUCAUUCCAAACAAAAUAUGAUUUUACUGCUUUGAACGGUAUUCUAUUUGUUGCAUUGUUUAUUUUCAUAAUUUUUGGAAUAGUUGCAAUGAUAUGGCAAGGCAGGACUAUGACCAUAGUAUAUUCAUCAAUUGGAGCCUUGCUUUUCUCUGUUUACUUGGUAUACGAUACACAAAUGUUAAUGGGAGGUGGACACAAAUAUCAAAUUUCUCCGGAAGAGUAUAUUUUCGCAACGUUAAAUCUUUAUGUAGAUAUUAUUAACAUCUUCCUCCAUAUUUUAGCAAUACUCGGUAGUUCACGAGGUAACUAAGUUUGCUGGAUUAAUCUUCAAUGCAUAAUGCUUUAAUAUAUUGUUCUGUUUUAACUCUCUCUGCUUUGGAUAUGGAGAGGACAUUACAGAAAAACGAUGAAAGGUAUAUAGAAGAAGGUUUUGGCAAAGAAGUAUUAAUUUCUAUGAAAUAAUAGCUUUUACACAAUUUCCAAAGUAUAACUAUCACAGAGAAGACACUGAAAUUGUAUUAUUUUAAAAUUCGACUUCUAGUCUUGUAAGUUA